AUGGAGAACAUGGAUGCGCAGAUGAAUAUGAAAGAGUACUAUGUUCUUGACGAAGGUGGGAAACCGAGUAAAAUCUCCUCCUCAUCGGAGCCGUUCUCCAUCAGCGACAUAAAGACAUGUGCUAGCUGCCGUGGGCCGCUAAGGGAUAUCGCCAGAUAUGGACGUUUGGUUCGCCGGGCGAUUUUGGAUGAGUCUACUAAAAAGUUGAUUUUGUACAUGAACCGCGAAUACGUUCCACUGGCGCAGGAAGUUCCGCGACUAAUCAAACGGCUGCAGGAUACCAAAAUCGAACGGUCUACUUCCUGGCCUAAUGCCAUUAAUAUCAAAGGUCAACGAAAUGCACUAGUUCGGAGCUUGCGACAUAUCAUCCCCGCAGGGAAAACCGGGAGGUGGAAAGAGAUUAUAGACUUGCAACAGAGCAUCGUCACGUAUCAGAAACGAGUCUCUCCAGAGGAGCAACCGUACAUGAAAGUUCGUCAACUGGCCAUGAAUGCACGUCUCCGGCAAAAUGUUACGGAUGCCUCUGACUAUUUUGAAAUUGGAAGUGAGGUCCUGCAAACCAAGGGAUUCCUCCAAGGGACGGCAUUGAGUCUUCGACUGGAUAUCGCAUUGCUAGCGGACUUUCUCGAGCUGCGUCGAAAUAAUCCUAAGGCCGGUGAUAUUAAAAUUAAUAUGGAUCUGUCAGCUAUGAGAAACGAAUGCGAAACAUUGAGCAAGAAUGCUUUUGAGUCAAAACGUCUUCUCCAUCAGGCGGAGGGCUACAUAUUUCUUGCUCAACUCUACGCCUUUGAGCGAUUACAUACCGCUUCGACCGAGGCGGCAGGACGACAUUUGAUUCAAGGCACAGAAGCCAUUAAUCAAGCCAAGAUGCUUUGCAACGAACAUCCGGGUCAAACUCAGGGUCUAGCAAGCGAAAUUGAAGGCGCAGAGAAGCUGCUUCGCGGCACGACGUUUUACACCACAGUCACUAAUGAAGAGCGUAUGGCCGUUAUUACAGCUAUGGCUCGUGAGUUCCGUGGUACGGGUCAUUGGUAUUAUUGUCGUAAUGGGCAUCCAUUUACGAUUGGGGAAUGUGGGAUGGCGAUGCAGCAAUCUGUGUGUCCUGAAUGCGGAGAGCCAGUUGGAGGACGGAAUCACCAAGCUGUAGAUGGUGUCACACAUGCAAGUGAUUUGGAGUCUUCUUUUGCCCGGACGGGGUUGCAUUAA